AUGGGGAGCGCGCUGCAGAAUGUGCUGCGGCCAGGAAGCCACGAGUUCGUGAUCGUGCUGAACGUGGUGCUAGCGCUGCUGUUCUUUGUGAUGCUGGCGGUCAUCUACACAGAGCUGGAGGACUCGUUCCACGUAUUCGUGCUGCUGUUCCUCGUGGUGGGACUCACCGUCUCCAUCAACUGGUUCAUCAUCGAGGCCAACAACCUCAAACACACACAGGUUGCAGAAGGCGACAAGCCGAAGCAGGAACCCAGCGCAAGAGCCAAAACGGACUAA